AGUGACGUGUGUAUGGAGCACCUGGAGCCCGAUCGGUCGCUCGGUCGCUCGGCGGCGCAUUUCUCCCCGAGCAGCGCGCAGGGAUGCGGACUUUCACCGCGGGGCUGGAACAAGUCACCAAAUAUCCGCAAACGCAGUGAAACGCUCCGUGGCACACCGGGGGCGUGUUAUUGAAGCUUUGUGGCCUUACACGAAGAUAAAACACGACUAUUUUUUGUUGGAAUAAGAAGCCCUUUUUUCCUUUUUCUAUUAUUAUUAUUAUUGUUCCUUUUCUCCUCCCGGAUCCUGGUUCUCCGUGCAGGAGACGCCACCCGACAUCCGCGUUUUCACUCCACGCAGCGGGGUAUGAAAGGAUGACCGCUUGAGUCCUCUCUUUUUCUACGUAUUUUUCCUCCAUAAGGCCUGUCUUUUAUUUAAAGAAGGGGAGGAUCGAUAUGGUGGACUCGAAUGCGAUGAGGAAGACUUUCGUGGUCCCGGACGUGAAAGCUUUGGAUCAGUACGACAUUCACCGAGCCAAGAUCUGCGCCAGUGUGGGCUGGGUUCUGGCGAAAUCCUACGGCAAUGCAGACAACAUUCCAGUGGAGCUGCGAGACCCCUUCUAUCUGGACCAGUACGAGCAGGAGCACCUGAAGCCUCCUGUCACACGGCUUCUACAGUCUCCAGAGCUCUACUCUCGAACCUAUGGCUUGCUGCUAGCUGAGGGCCCCGGGGCCAACGGGGCUCCUAAAGACAAUACCAACCUCUUAGAGAUCCUCAGCCAAAAGGCCUUAACACCAAGAGACCAAAACACCCCGGUGACGGAAGCAGACCUCCGGCACAAGCCAAUUAAAAUGAGCGCCCACUUAGCAGUGAUGGAUGCUUUAAUGGCGGUGGGAGCCAUGGAGACGGUGAGGGCAAGCGGAGGAGUCGAGCGACUCGGGGGAAAAGAUGACUGGGAGAGAACGUUGCUGCACUGGGUCAACACUUUAAACGAGAAGCUGAAGAACCGCACAGAGAGCGACCAAACCCAGCAGAGUACAGAGCCACAGCCAGUUCAGGCCUCGUGUCCCACCCGCUGGUACUGGAAACUUGUUCCUCUCCGGUACAGGAAGGAUAAGCUGCUGUCUAAGAUCAAGCCCUGUUUUCCUGUCGUGAAUGAAGUGAAGGAUCUCUCGAAUGGCUGUGCCAUAGCUGCCGUCAUACACUACUACUGUCCUGGCCUGCUGCGUUUAGAAGAUGUUUGUAUGAAGGAAUCCAUGUCAUUGGCUGACAGUCUUUAUAAUCUCCAGCUUAUUCGUGAGUUCUGUGAAAGUUGUUUGAAAAGCUGCUGCCCUCUGGUGCUGGAGGAUAUGCUCUACAGUCCACCUGAAUUACAGGUGAAUAUGCUGAGCUUUCUGGCAGAGCUUUUGCAUUGGUUCGAAGUGUCAAAGCCAGAGUUUGUUCAGCCUCUGAACACCAGCGAGCUCACAGAGUCCUCUGGAAGGACAGAAAGUGUGAACUGUGGUUCAGGCAGCAGCUCUCCUUCUUUAUUUAAAAAGCCAUUCUUGCCAAUAACCCCUGCCACACCAAUUCCAGGCUCACUGACUCAGUCUACCUCAAUGUCUCAUGUAGAGGCAGCUGGACGAUCAUGGACUAAAAACCCUCUCAGUCGUCCUCUAUCAUCUGCUGUGUCCUUCAGUAUCCCCUUUGGUCUGGACAGUGAUGUGGACAUUGUGAUGGGAAACCCUGUCAUCAUGCGCUCAGUCAGCUCGGAUAACCUGAAUCCUGCAGGACAGCCUAACAAACGUUACACCCCUCCAGAGGACAUCAGCAGAUCUCCAGGACGUGCCUCAUGGGCCUCCCGGAGUCCUGCGGUGCCCCUCUUAGCUGAAGAGAACGGCCUCAACGAGGGCGACGCAGCUGAAUUACCCACCAUUGAGGAAGCCUUGCAGAUCAUUCACUGUGAGGGCAAAAUGGAGCCACGUUUACAUCCUGAUGGAGCACCUGACGGCUUUUAUUUGCACUCACCAGAUGACCCGGCUAGUCGUAGACAUAAUGGUAGCCCUGCUGUCCUCGGUGGCUCCGCCCCUUCCAGCGCAGGAAUGCAGUACAGGUCGACGGGAAAUGCCAGCCGCACCAGACGCACUUCUGAUGGCUCAAGGGAUGAUGACUCUGUAUUAAGAGAUGGUAGUGUGGACUCUGAUGCCUCUGAGGAUUUUCCAAAAACUCAAUCCACACCUGCCACUCCUGCAGCAGGUGCUCGGGUGGCUAAUCUCUCCGGGCAAGAGACCCCCGACAGUGGUGUUAAGAUGACCAGCUUUGCUGAGCGUAAAAAGAAAUUGGCACAGGAGCAGCCGAUUCCCAACGAGGAACCACAGACGACCACUUGGGCAGCAAAAAAGACACAGGAGAGCCCCAGCAAAAGCCCAGCACUCACCAAUGAAAUGUCGGAGCUUGGGGCAAGGCUGGAAGAAAAGCGCAAGGCCAUUGAAGCUCAGAAGAGGCGUAUCGAAGCCAUUUUUUCCAAACACAGACAAAGGCUGGGCAAGAGCGCCUUCCUACAGCUAAAGAAAGAACAAGACGGUGAUGACAAGGAAGAAGGUAAAGAGGUUGUCGGUGCAUCCUCAACAGCAGAAGACCUACGACGCAUGUCUUUGGACGAGAGACUAGCACGUAUAGAGAAUGAAGAUGGAGGCGAGGUGAAGCAGGACAAGGAGAUCCCUCCAGAUGACAGGAAGGUACAGCAGUCCUCCAAAGACAAAACAGUUGCAGGAUCGUUGGGUGAGAAGUCCGGUGUUCCACUGGGCGAUUAUAACAACGCAGUAUCAAAACUGAAUGCAGCUCUGAGCUCCCUGCAGAGUGAUAUGCAGCGUUUAUCUGAUCAGCAGAAUCAGCUGCUCAAGAAGAAAAUCCCUGCUACCAACCAAUCAUGGGUCAUCCCGCCCAGCACAAAGAACUCCACCGGUGCAGUACCUCCACGCCUGUCCAGGGAGUCGACCCGUGAUUUGACAUCCAACUCCGCCUUCUCCUCACCGUCUCCAUCUCGCAGAAUCAGCGCUCAAACAAUCCCCCCGAAAUCACCCGGCUCCCACCGCAGGGCACAGUCCGCACCUCCAAAAAGCCCCAAAAAUCAGCACCACUCAAGGUCCGCCGAGCCAAAGACGCCCGCAAUCACCCGGGUCAUUACUGCCCCACACAAUGUAGACAAUAUGCCUCAUCGACGGAAAGUAUCUCCUUGGCAAUGCAGAGACCAGGCGUCAUUAUCCUUCAGCAUUGGCUCCCCAGUCCCCCAAAGCGACUCACGUCCUCCUUCUCGGCCCCUUAGUGAGGACCCAAGUGAUGAUCAAUCCGUCUUCAGCCUGGAAUUAGAUGGAGGCACCAACCAUUUUCCGAGCAGAAAAGACCAGCAAGGAGGCAGCAGCUCAGGUGCUCCGUCAGAGUGUUCCUUUGAAAGCGACAUCCCUGCUUCAGCCUUCACCCGAAAACCUAGCAGUCUGAUAGAGAUCCCUCUGUCAUCUCUAAGAGGCCUGGACGGAGAGGAUGCUGAACAGGGUGCCAUCUCCGACUCCACGAGCGACCACACAGAGCCGGAGUUAAAGCAUGGUGUCGGUUUUUUCUUCAAGGAAGAUGAAGCUCGAGCAGAAGACGAGAUGGCUCAGAGGAGAGCUGCACUGCUGGAAAAGCAGCAAAAGAGAGCAGAGGAAAUGAAGAGGAAGAAGCAGGAGCAGGAACGAGAAAGGGAGGCUAGCAGACGCAAUUCAGUGGAUGAGCUGGAUCGUCCCCGGACUCCCUGCACGCCUCCGCCAGCUCGCACUCCUCCUGCUGCUCACACACCUCCUGCUGCUCAAACGCCUCCUCCUGAAGGAUCUCUCCACAGACGAGGAGACUUUACUCGGAAAGAGUACGAACGACGCCAUCAGCUCAAGAUCAUGGAGGACCUGGACAAGGUGCUGCGCCAGAAGCCCACCACUGUCCGAGGGGUUAAGAAACAACGGCCCAAAACGGUGUUCCGAGAUGAUUCAGACCUCUCCCGCAGCCCAGCUAAAGGGGUGCUGGGUUCUAGACUGAAUAAAGUGUAUUCUCACUCCACUAUGAACCUGUCCUCCAUGGCCAACGAUAGUGGGACACUUACAAUCAGGAAAUCCCCAAGCCGCUCUCACUCUCCGUCAAGAAUGAUGUCUCCAGGCCGUGUGCCCACACAGAAUGGUGAUAAGGACUGGGAAAAUGCAUCCACCCUUUCCUCCCCAGCUUCCAUUCCUGAGUACACUGGACCCAAACUGUAUAAAGAGCCAAGUUUCAAAUCCAACAAGUUCAUCAUCCACAAUGCCAUCUCACGCUGCUGUUUGGCAGGCAAGGUCAAUGAACCGCAGAAAAACAAAAUCAUCGAGGAAAUGGAGAAAAGCACCGCCAACCACUUCCUCAUCCUCUUUCGGGAUUCUAGCUGCCAGUUCCGGGCGGUUUACACCAUGAACCCUGAGACCGAGGAAAUGGUGCGUUUGACUGGCAUCGGCCCACGGGUCAUCAGCCUCUCCGUGGUCGAGUCGAUCUACAAAUACAGUUCGGACCGCAAGCAGUUCUCGGUCAUCCCGUCCAAAACCAUGUCUAUGAGCGUAGACGCGUUCACCAUCCCCAACCAACUGUGGCAGACCAAGCGGCCCGGGACUCCCAAAAAGCUUGGAACACCAAAGUGAAGCUGACGGAGUUUCUAAGGUUUCCCGAAACUUUUUUCCCCUCUCCUCUAGCAGCAAAAAGUAUCAUCGCCUGAGCUCCAAGAGGGUGGAAGAGUCAAAACGGUGUGGCAGAAAAGAGCACCCAAUCCUCAGAGACCUGUUGGUGACCCAUGCAGAACGUCUGUGAGUGCACUUGGCUCCAGAUUUCAAAAUCAAAGAAGGAAGAUUGCCAUUUUUUCUUUCCCCUUCCAAGCCAUCACAACUUCAACAGCUGGCCAGCUGGAAUCGAUUGUAUGAAUCCCUUGUAUAUGUGUACUUUUCAUUUUGUAGAUAAAGUGACCAUCUUCUAUUCCAUUCCCUGACCUUAUCCUAUCAUCUCAGAUCACCACUGAUUGAUGAAGCUCCGACCAUAAUCCAGAAUUAAAACCAGAGCAUAGUCUCUGUCUCCUCUUUUAUAUACCUUUCUCUUUCGCUCAUUUAUUAUGAUUUUUUUUUGCUCCAACUGCAAAACAGACCUAACACUAGACUAUGAAUGUAGGGCACAAGCCAGCCAAGGGCUUCUUAUUUUAUCUUUUGUCAUACGGGACUGGGAAUUAGGAAUCUUCCACGAUUUAGGGUACUUGGUUAUGCUUCUGUGCCUCUUGCUAAAUGUCUGAAAUGUGAAGUACGUGCCUCUCGCUCUCACACUCUUUCCUCCACCUAACCUUUACUCUUACUUAAAAUAGAAGUCUGGAUAUGUUAUUCUUUUCUUCUUUUUUUUUCUUCACUUCGUUUGCUAGAUGUCUGUAUAUCUGAGUAGACCACACGGGCCUCAGGUGAGCUUCAUUUCCACUUCGGUUUCUUAAAGAAAUGGACAAAGAAAACAACACGAGAUGUGCUUUUACAUUUAUGAUAAGGUAUUUCUACUCUACGUUGCUGUAAUAAUAAUAAUAAAAAAAAAAAAACGCAGGAUGAUCAGUGAUCGUGUAUAUUAAGAAUGCUGUUAAUGAUUUUUUUUUUUCAUUUUCGACAAUGAUUUGUAUAUGGAUAUAAGAACAUUUGUAAGAUAUGAAUAAGCUGCCAUGUGGCUUCAACGUUAGUAGGUGUGUGUGUGUGUGUGUGUGUGUGUGUGUGUGUGUGUGUGUGUGUGUGUGUGCGCAUGAGAGAACAAGUGAUGAGCUCUAACGGGGUGGAUGCAAAAAAAUAAAGAUUGAAGUGUGCUGAAAUAUAAUUUCUCCUAUUUAAAGGUCGAAAACGGCGUCUCCGUGAGCGAACGUAAGGGCAGAAAAAAUGAUUAUAGUUGUCAGAUUGAUGCUGGUGUCUCAAAAUUAGAAUUUGGAGAACAGUGUCAAAUAAGUGUAUGCUAGUCUUCUUCAUUUCGGGCGUGGUGAGCAUGGCCCACUUUCCUUCAAGCCAGAGGAUGUGUCUGUUUUCACUUGGAAAUCUGAUCUAAGCACUAGAACAAGUCCACUGCCUUGCCGGCCAUUCGCAGAUCCGGAGUUAAGAUGUGAAUAUUUUUGUACAAAGCAACAUUGUGAAGGUGUUGAAUAAGUGAAGUGAAGUGAAUGGCUGGUGUGUGUGUGUGUGUGUGUGUGUGUGUGUGUGUGUGUGUGUGUGUGUGUGUGUGUGUGUGUGUGUGUGUGAGAGAGCGUGAGAUAUUACAGUGAUAAAACUGGAUCCAGUGCAAUUGUCUUGUAAAAUGUCAUUUUGGAAAAGGUUUAUUUAUUAGGAAGGGACUAGCUGGAAAUAUUUUCUUUACUAUUUUUUUCGUUUGAGAUUUUAUUAUUUAUGUUGCGGUUAAGCAGUGAAUCACGAUUAUUUCAUACUUUAAAGGCUUGUUGGCCAUUUUCUUUUGUUUAUGUCACUGUCUUCGUCAUCAUGAUCAUUCUGUCUUGCCCUGAUUGUUCAUUGUUAUGGAUCCGUCAGCUAAAGCAAUCGGAUCUGAUAAAUAAAAUCAUUUUUAAAAUCA